ACCUGUCCUCACUUGUCCCUGGAGCUCUGGGAGUGGCGAGGAACCCACUGAGACGGUACAUGGGGUGCGAUUGAGGACCGAAUCUCGUGGUUGGUUUUGGUAGGUGUUUGUAGGGGAAUUAAACAGUGUCACCCCUCCAGUUCAUCUGAAGAAAGAAGACUCGGGCUACUUUGAUAAGUUAUGGGAUCACGCCACCAUCUCCUUACCCUGUCUAAAGGCAGUGGCCACCAUCUACACACAGCAGCAUCUACACAUAGUUUUAUCCUAUAAAACUCCAAGCAUAAGUAUCGGCCGUGCCCAGCACCAAGACCAGGCAAUACCAUUUAGAAGAAUGGAAGGUGAUGGAUCUAUCGACAUGUUUUCCAAUGUCCUAGAGAAGCAGUUCCUCCAGGCUGCUAAAAUUGUGGAAAAUCACUUGGAUUCUGAAAUUCAGAAACUGGAUCAGAUCGAUGAAGAUGAAUUGGAACUCCUCAAAGAAAAGAGACUGGCAGCACUGAGGACAGCACAACAGCGGAAACAAGAAUGGCUUUCUAAAGGACAUGGCGAGUACAGAGAAGUUCCUAGUGAGAGAGACUUUUUUCAAGAAGUGAAGGAGAGUGAAAAAGUGGUUUGCCAUUUCUACAGGGACUCUACAUUCAGGUGUAAAAUAGUAGACAGACACUUGGCAGUACUGUCCAAGAAACAUCUUGAAACCAAGUUUUUGAAGCUGAAUGUGGAAAAAGCACCAUUCCUUUGUGAGAGACUACAUAUCAAAGUCAUCCCAACACUAGCACUCUUAAAAGAUGGGAAGACACAGGAUUAUGUUGUUGGAUUUACCGACCUAGGAAAUACAGACGACUUCACUACAGAGACUUUAGAGUGGAGGCUUGGUUGUUCUGAUAUUAUUAACUACAGUGGAAAUUUAAUGGAGCCACCAUUUCAGAGCCAAAAGAAAUUUGGGACAAACUUCACAAAGCUGGAAAAGAAAACAAUCCGAGGAAAGAAAUAUGAUUCAGAUUCUGAUGAUGAUUAGAGUCGGCUGUAAUUCUUUGUGAACGAUCUGUUUACUGUCUGUUUACUUCAGAUUUAAGUGUGUUUUCUAAAUUCUGUUGAUUUUAGUACACUGACAUCUAAUAGUCAUAUCCUGGCAUUUUAUACCAUUUCAUCACAUGGCUGGGCAUCCUAACUUUUUUUCUGUGGGUCUAUCGUGUGUAAACUGAGAGAAACUCUGGAGUGUUUAAACUACCUGAAAAAGGUCUGGAGGCUCUAUUUUUGAGAUUGGUUUUGUCAUAAUGGGAUUCUGAUAUCUUUAUACCACUCACAAAAAUAGAAAUAGAAAUCCAACAAGCCAAUCCAGGACUAAUUCUUAAUCAGUGCUUGUCCACACAACAGGUCAGGUAACAUUUACUGGUGUAAGACAUGCACUUAUAAAUGAAUUCUAAAUACUUCAUUGUGGAAUGCAUUUCAAUAAUGAUUAAAGACUUGCCCACUUAUUCUGGA